CCCAUAGUACUUUCGUUGUUCUAGAAUAAGAACUAUACAAUAUGGUAAUGAGAUUUUAUAUAAUUUAUAUAUAUGAACUAUACAAUUUUUUUAUAUAUACAAGCUAAACCGGACUAAAGCGAUCAGACCAUUGACUCUCAACCUACUUGCUCGAUCUGGCCAACAAGCUAAAUCGGGUUCACAACCUUGGGUUUGAGCCGCCAAUGCUAGUGUUAUAAUUUUCAUGAGAGUGAAUGGUUUUCUUAAUGUUGAUGAAUGGGAAGAAGAAAUUUAAAUUUUAUAUUUUGUUACACAUAUGAUAAAUGAGAUUUAAUAUAAUUAGGUUGACAACCUUGGGUUCGAGUCACCAAUGCUAUUGACUAUUGUUAUAAUUUUUGGGAGAGUGAAAGGCUUUUUUUGUAUGUUGAUGAAUGGGCGGAAAAUUUAUAUAUUUUGUUACAUAUAUGGUAGAUGAACUUUAGUAUAAUUUAUAAAUAUAUUAACAAUAUGAUAAUUUUUCAUAUAGACAGACUAAAUCAAACUAAAGCGAUCGGACUAUAGCAGGUUUUUUGAUUGACAAUAGGAAAGGACAUUGAAGUGGGGGGAAAGAAGUAAAGAACUCAAUAUUGCUAGAAAUCUAUAUAUAUACUCUAGGUGUAGCGGCUAAACCCAUGCCGGACUGCCGGUGUUGUUUCCUCUACAACUGUGUUGUCUUGUUGAAUGGUGCCAUGGAGUUCGACGCAGUAAAACAAACCUGGAGCAUGGAGUUCGAAAUUUGAGCAAAAAUGGAAAUCCUCCGUUCGCAUUGUCGCUCGCGCGGUAACUUGUUGUGCAAGAGAAAGCUAAAACGUCACCGUUCGGGGCCUAACAAACAGAGUGCCCCACCAGUUCGUUUCGUUUUGUCUGUCUUCGUCGCUUUGCCCCGCACAGAAAAGCAGAGAGCAAAGAGCAGAGGCCACAAAGAAGAAAAAGAACGGAAGCUUGCGUUAGAUCCAAUAUACAGAGACCGGCAAGCAGCAAACGGAGGGAGGCAGAUCGAUCCUACAACACGCCAUUGACGUUCUUUGGAAACGAAGCAACUUCGCACGGAACGGCCCCCUUUAACACCCGGCGGCGUCCGCGAGAACGGCAGUUGAAAACUCUUUAGAUCGGACUAACGUACGCUUUUCUUCAUCACGAAGCGUCUCGUUUCUCUCUUAUCUUGUUUCCCUUUGUUACCGUUUUCUCUCUGAUACAAUCCCGGGUGUUUCAUUGUUGAAUAUGUGGAUUCCUGUCGUGGUUUGAGUUCUGAGUGUUUCGGUUUGUGGUAAGGACUUCAGAUUCGGCCGCUUUUGUUCGUUAAUUUGCUGUUUGAUUGGCUGCCGAAGAAAUGUGGAAAGGAUAUAGUGAUGAGCAUAUCGGUGAGGGUGUGUAGCGUGAGGAAACCAGGAAUGUAUAUUCGAGUUUUUGCCUGUGUUUAGCUGUUUGGUGUCCAUAUGCUAGCUAUUUGUGUGGAGUUAUUGAGAUUUGAGAUUGUCUUGUUGCCACUUUGCUCCCGAGUUCCUGCAGUGUGCUGAAUUUUGUUUUGUUCGGGAUGGUACAGCAGUGAGAGGAGCUAAUGGUGAGUGAGAGUUGCAAGAGGAGGUGGUGAUUGAUUAUCCCGGGAGGCCUGAAACCAGAGGGUGCGGAUGGAAAAGAACAAGAACCGCACCGAUCUGCUUGCAGCUGGGCGUAAAAGGCUUCAGCAAUUUCGGCAGAAGAAGGAUGUUAAAGGCAGCAGUAGUAAUGCAAAAUCUGGGAAAAAAUCUGGCAAAUCUGAACCCCGGGAAGCUGAUGCUGAUAUGACAUCUAAGGAGCCUGAAUCCGCAGGACUGCGGCAGGUUCUCGAAGAAGAAAAUAUGACUCAUCUGGAUUCAAAUUCAGGAAGUUUGGACUCUUUGCAGAAUUCAGUUGCUACUACUGAUCAUGUUACAGAUGUCAGUCAGUCAGCGAUUUCUCCUGAACUUGAAUUUGUAGAAGAUUGGAUGAUGCCUGCUCAUAUAUCUGAGUUGUCUGCUCAGGAUGUGAGAUCUCUUGAUAAUGCUAAUGAUCAUGCCGAGUCCAACAAGAGCACCAUUAUGGCUAUUGAGGAAAGUUCUAUGCCUGUAGUGAUAUCAGAAACUCAGGAUCCUAACAUUGUAAGUGGCAGUACAGCUAGUACUGAUGUUACAAAUGAAAAAAAUAUGGCUGACAAGGAAGAGAAGAAGGACUCAGUGCACGAAGGUGCAUCCACUGUGCCUUUGUUGCCUGAAGGUGAACUUCAGGCAACCAAUGUAGAUGCUGUUAUAACUGAAAAAAAUAUGACUCUUAGGGAGGAGAAUGAGGAGUCAGUGCAAUCAGAAGAAGGUGCUUCCACUGUGCUUACGGGCACGGAAGGUGAACUUCAGGUUACCAAUGUAGAUGCUGUUAUAACUGAAAAAAAUAUGACUCUCAGGGAAGAGAAUAAGGAAUCAGUGCAAUCAGAAGGAGGUGGUUCCAUUUUGCCUUUCGUGCUUGAAGGGGAACCUCAGAUAACCAAUCUGGGUGUCUCCACAGCUGAAGAAAAUAUGAUGCACAUGGAAGAGAAUGUGCAAUCAGAACAAGGUGGUUAUGUCCCUUUGGUGCUUGAAGGGGAACCUGAGGUAACUGAUUUAAGUGCCUCCACAACUGAAGAAAAUAUGAUGCACAGGGAAGAUAAUAAGGAAUCAGCGGAAUCAGAAGACGGUGCUUCCACUGCGCCUUUGGUCCUUGAAGGGGAACUUCAGGAAGCUCAUGGUUUGGUCUCAAGACAACUUGAUAGUAGUUAUAGGACAAUCCCUAAAAGUGACGGGCAACCUAGUGCAUCUGAAAGCAGUGUACCUGCUGGAACUGUAAAAGGGGAAGCUGGGAUAGAUGUUGGUGUAGAGCAAGCAGCGACCCUGUCAGAAAAGAUUCAUGCUGAUGCAUCUGCACUAACUUUAAGAAUGGAAAGGUCAGAUGGACUCAUGCAGUCUGUUUUACCUGUCUCUGAAGAAUAUUGUACCUCCAGUGCUUCAUCUGUCGUGGACAUAACAGGAAUGCAGUCUCAAUCCGAUCAUUGCAGCAAAGAACAUGACGGAUCUGAAAGAGAAAAAGAAAAGUCCAUGGGGUUUGUCAACAAAAGGUCUGACAAGCCUCCACCUGAUGGAACUAUAAGGCUAUCUGAAUCGGGCCCGACCCCGACCCCGACCCCGAUCACAUUGGUGCAACUUAUUGAGGCGAUAAAGGGGCUUAAUGAAGAUGAUUUUGGGCUACUAAUAAAGUCAAGAGCUUCAGUAUCUGAAGUGGAGUUAGAUACUGAUGAUUUGACAGGACCACAACCUGGCUAUCAUGCUUAUCUGGAGAAACUCAGUGAGGAGUUGUUUGUUGCCAGUUGUAGAAGUGAUAUCUUUCACCUGCAACUUUCUGAGCAGCUUGAUUUGCAAAAUGAAAACGAUCGCCAAUUUUUGCAAUUGAAUGAAGAAAUAUCAAGAAUGAGAGCCUCAGUCAAGGAAGCUCAUGCUAAGAAUGAUAACCUUUUUCAGGAGCUCUCAGCUUGUAGGUCUGACCUCAAUGAUGCUGUUGGCAGCAAGGAAGAGCUUCAAAGUCAAUUAGAAGCAUCCAAGGCAGAGGUUGAUGAAGUUUCUGCAAGGGCAACUAAAUUGCAGAAUAGUCUGGAAUGCUCAGAAUCAGAUUUAUUAACCGUUUCCAAGGAGUUGGCUCAUUUGAAGGACUUGGCAGAAUCACUGAAAGUUGAAAGCAGCGAGUUAAAUGAAUCUCUUGCUUUAGCUACAGAUGAGAGGAGGAGUCUAAGUGACGAAAAAGAAUUCCUUCUUCAGGAAAAUGCUAAGCUGUUGAGGGAGUUAGACAUGUCCAAGAACGUGAUUGCUGCUUUGAAUAUUGAAAUUUCUGAAUUGAGUGGUAAUCUUGUUUCUGUGGCAGACGAGAAAAAGAAGCUUGAAGAAGAGAAGGUGCGCUUAGUUGCCUUAAGGACGGAAAACCCCGACUUGAAUGAGAACCUUGUGCUGUUAAAAGAGCAGCACAAGAAAUUAGAAGAUGACAACAUGAAUAUGAUCCACGAAAAUGAGGGACUUCGAUCUGAGGUUCUUGGGCUCCAUGCGACGUUGUCAAAUCAUCAGGUGGAACACAUGCAAUUAGAAGCUGAAAUGCAAGAAAUGGCUUUGCGCCUUGAACAACUAGCAACAGAAAACACGAGUCUUCUUAGUAGCUUGGAUGUGUAUAAAGCAAAGGUAGCAGAAGUUAGUGACACUCAAGUUCAAAAUCCCCCCCUAGAUGGGGUUGCUGUUUUUCAAGAUGGAUCUGUGAUGGUUGAGCGCACUGAUUCUAAUGAUGCUGCUCAGGAUGAGCAUCCUCAUUCUUCUUAUGGUAAGCAAGACAGAAGGAAGCCUAUUUCUGAUGUCCUUGAAGAAAUCUCAUCGGUAGACCUGCUUGAACUUGCGGCCCCUGAUAAUUAUCAAGGGUUAGUAUCCUUCAAUGCACACUUGGAAGAGGCAGAGAGAACGUUGCAACAACUUGAAAAGGAAAUUGAACUGACUCACUACCAUUUAGCAUCCUCAAGUAAAUCUGGUGGUAAAGCGGCUACUCCAGCAGUUUCAAAACUGAUCCAAGCUUUUGAGUCGAAGUCACAACAUGAGGAACAAGAGAUGGAGGACAACAAUGUUAUUCCGGGUCAGUCAACAGCAGGAGACCCUUUAUUAUCAAGCAAAAAGUUUGCUGGAACUUUAAAGGCGGUGUUGAGGCAAUUGUCCCUGGAUGCUGAACGUGCCACCUUAGCUUACAAGCGAGAGCAAGAUGAUUUGACUGCUGCUAAUGCCACAAUGAGGGACCUCAAGCUUCAAGUUGAGGCCUUGGCUGAACAAUAUGACAAUUUGGAAAUGACCAACAUUGAGCAUGAGGUUCUUCAUGAAGCUUUUAAGCAACAUAUGAGUUCGAUUGAGGAGAAGAAUAUUGAACUUCAAGUUGUAUGUGAAAAAUUGAGGGGGGAGGACAGCAGUCUCAAAACACACAACUCCGAGCUCCACCGAAAACUGAAUAUUUACCAUAAGAGAAUUGAAGAACUUCAGAUUCAGUUGCAUGAGUUACAGAAGAUAUCAAAUGAGGUGGUCUCUGGUCUACCUAACCAAUUAGAAAGCUUCCAGAAGGAUAUAGCUGAGUGGGCUUUGAAAGUUGAGCAAGAAUGGAAAUUCACCUUUUCCCAGAUCGUUGAAGCAGUAGAGAGACUUGAUAACUCUGUUGGAGUCGAGCAAAGAUCCGGAGUGUCAGCUGACAGGCAUGGGUCCGUGGAUAUAAUUGGUUGGCUUGUUUCUUCUGUUGAUGCUACUGUGAAAAUGACCCGGCGGUUGAAGAAAGAAACAGAGGCUGCCACUGCUGACAGGGAAGCCACAUUCAAAAUGUUCUCUGAAGCAAACAAUAAGAAUGAUGAACUACUUGGGAAAAGCAAAUGGGCGAAUGAUAUGCUGUGCAAGUUCUAUUCUGAACUAAAGAAACUUGUUUCAGAUUCAGUGCUCACUGUACCAGAAACAGAGGCGAAUAUACAUAAUGAGGAAUUGCUUGACCACAUACAUAGUAAUAGCUAUCAAACCCUUCUGGAGGAACUGCAAAACUGUUUGGAUGAGAGGCAGCGACUUCUUGCUGUCAACGAAGAACUUAGUUUGGAGUUGUUGAAUAAAACAAAAGAUAUUGAGGACCUCAGCAGGCAAUGUGGUGAUUUAAGUUCCAUCGAGAAACUUAUUGGAGAUCUUGAAGGUGUAGUGAGACAGAAAGAUGCUAACAUUGACUCAGAUAUUGGUGCUGUUUCUCGUCUUCAGUCACUAAUUCAUGUCCUUGCUCAUAAAAAAGAUGCUGAUGAGCUGGGCUGCAUAUCAAGAGAACAGCAGUUGACGGAGUUGGCAGAACUUCAGGAUAAUAUAUCUCAGUUAGGUACUUUGAAACUUGAGCAUGAAAAUGAGAUCCUCAGUCUGAAAGAGCAACUAAGCCAAUCCAGGGAAGCUCUUAAUGCUGCCCAUUGCAACUUGCACGAAAAGGCAAAGGAACUUGAACAGUCAGAGCAGAGGGUGUCCUCUGUUAGAGAGAAGCUUAGCAUGGCUGUCGCCAAGGGUAAAGGAUUGGUUGUCCAGCGUGAUGGCCUCAAGCAGUCACUGGCAGAGACAUCUAGUGAAUUGGAAAGGUGCUCGCAGGAGUUAGAGUUGAAAAAUGUUAGACUUCAGGAGUUGGAAACGAAACUAAAGGCUUAUUCAGAGGCUGGUGAGCGUGCAGAAGCUCUAGAAUCAGAGCUUUCAUACAUCCGCAACUCAGCCACUGCAAUUAGAGAAUCCUUCCUGCUCAAGGACUCUGUGCUGCACAGGAUAGAAGAAAUACUGGAAGAUUUGGAUCUGCCUGAGCAUUUUCACUCAAGGGACAUAAUUGACAAGGUUGAAUGGUUAGCUCGAUCUGUGAGUGAAAAUUCUGUUCCUCUGCCAGAUUGGGACCAGAAGAGUUCUGUGGGCGCUUCCCCUUCUGAUACAGGACGCUUUGUUGCUACAGAAGCCUGGAAGGAAGAGGUUCAGAUGAGCUCAAGCUCUGUGGAUGACUUGAGAAGAAAAUGUGAGGACCUUCAAGGGAAGUUUUAUGGGUUGGCUGAACAGAAUGAAAUGCUGGAGCAAUCAUUAAUGGAAAGGAACCAGAUGGUGCAGAGAUGGGAGGAACUGUUGGACAGGAUUGACUUGCCGUCGUCCUUGAGAUCAUUUGAACCCGAGAAUAAAAUUGAGUGGAUGUGGAAUGCAUUUUUGGAAGCUAACCAGGAUAGGAAUUCUUUGCGCCAGAAUGUCGAUGCUCUUGAGAGCAGUUGUGGUUCUCUUACUGCAGAUUUGGAAGAUUCAAACAAGCAGAUAACGUACCUUGCUGCUGAUUUGGAGGAGUUGCAGAAGAAAAUAUCAUUUCUGGGAACAGAUCUCCAAGCAUCUAUUCAAGAGAGGGAUAAUCUCUCUAAAGAAUUGGCAGUAUUGACUCAUGAUAAUGAGAACCUUUCGGAAAAGGCAGCCAGGUUUGAACUCGAUAGUGAAAAAUGGCAAGAUGAAGUAACUGUUUUGCGGGAGAAAUUGGUUGAGAAAGAAGGUCAGGAGUAUCAAAUUCAGCAUAUUAAUGACGAGAUUGUUAGACUUCAAGAUAUUGUCUGCAACACAUUGCAGGAUCCUGGUGCAAAAGAUUUGGUUGGUGGAGGUAGUGGUACAGAGUGCUUGGAGGGGCUACUGAUGAAGCUUAUCUCGAACUAUGGGACACAUUCAAUAUUGAGCUCGUCCACUGGGAUUGUAGCUGAAGAAGAACAGGGUACAGAAAGAGAUGAUUCAAGCUUUGUUGAAGGGAGAAGUAGGGUUGCGGAAGCUACUGAGCAGUUGGAUGUUGCUCGUCUCGAGCCAGGUACUGUGGAUGAUCCUGAUGGCUCAAGCUGGGAUGCGCUAAAGAAAGAGCUGGAGGAGACUUCUAACGAACUUGGUCAGGUGAAGGAAGAAAGAGAUGAGUAUAUAAGUAAGCAAGAAUCAUUGAUUUCUGAACUUGAAGCUCUUGAGAGAAAGAGGAUGGAGUUGCAAGACCUACUUACUCAGGAAGAGCAGAAAUGCGCAUCUGCAAAAGAAAAGUUAAACAUUGCAGUGAGGAAGGGGAAGUCCUUAGUGCAACAGCGGGAUUCUCUGAAACAAACCAUAGAGGAGUUGAAUAUUGAGUUGGAGCGCUUAAAAUCUGAGAUUAGACAGCAAGAGAGCACUCUUGUGAACUAUGAACAGAAGAUAACAGACUUAUCAUCUACUUAUUCUGAGCGGAUAGAGGCCCUUGAAUCGGAGACUUUGUUCUUCCAGAAUCGUUCGGCUGAAGCUGAGCAACUUUUGCAUGAACGGGAGCAAAGCUUAGCUAGGGUUGUGGAUAUUCUGGGCAACAUUGAUCUUGGUGAUGAAGUGGCUAACACUAGUAGUCCAUUUGAGAAAUUGGAACACAUAAGGAAACUGUAUCAAGAUAUGCAUGCAGCUCUUGCUUCCUCACAGCAGGAGUCUGCAAAAUCUAGAAGAGCAUCAGAGCUUCUGCUUGCAGAGCUGAAUGAGGUCCAAGAGAGGAACGAUGUCCUUCAAGAAGAGCUAUCAAGGGCUAACUUUGAGCUUUCGGAGCUGUCUAGGGCCAGAGAUCUAGCCGAGACUGCCAAAUCUGAGGCUGUAUCACGUAUCCAAGAGUUAUCCAUAAUACAGUCUGAUAAGAAAAAGAAACAAAAUGCUGAGCUCAUGGUUUUGAUAUCUUCCAUUGAUCAACUAAGGAAGAUCUUUUCUGAUGUCAAUAAUAUAAUUGUUGGUCAUCUCUCCAAGGAUUUAAAGUUUAUUCAAAAUCUUGAUGCUGGUGUGGAGUCAUUUCUACAAAAAACAGAAGUCAAUGAUUUGCCUCAGGCGCCUUUCUUCAGUAAUCCUGACAGCAAGGACAUGUCUCUAGCCGUGGAGCCUUUUUCAGAAGCCAUCAUGCAAGACAAUUUUGAUGAUAGCAUUUCUUUUCAUGGAGUUUGUAGUUCGGUACAAGAUUGCAUGAAUGAAAUUGUAGCUCUCAAAAAGUUCAUUCAGGACCACUCUCUUGCAGCACUGGAGGAAGCCGACAAAUUGUGCAAACGGAUCCAUACUGUUCACAGGGAAAUAAGUCAUGAUAGAGAGUCUUCUCAAACUUUGAAGAGAGAUGUUGAAUACCUAGAGUCAAUUGUAAAACAGAAGGAAAGUGAAGCUGCUGCAUUGCACAACAAUCUUCUUUUCCUUUAUGAAACAUGUCUCAGUUCACUGAAGGAAAUAGGAACUAGGAAAGCUGAAAGCACUUUGGCUCCUGGAAAUUUCUUUGGUCAAGAACUUCUGGAUGUUGGACUUCCUGUAAGUGGGAAGAUUAAUUCUUUGUCAGAGGAGCAUAUCAGGAGUAUCUCAGAAAGAAUGAUGAACGCCGUGAAGGACUUCAUCAGUCUAAACAGUGAGACUGUUGAGGGUGAUAGAAAGGAAAUGAGGAUGACCAUAACAAGCUUGCAGAGGGAGCUUCAAGAGAAGGAUAUUCAGAGAGAGAGGAUAUGCAUGGAACUUGCUGGCCAAAUUAAGGAAGCAGAAGCUGUUGCAACCAGACACUCUCUUGAUCUUCAAGCGUCCAAAGCUCGUCUAAUAGAUCUGGAGAAACAGGUAGAGCUUGCAAUGGAAGAGAGGAAUUCGUUGGAACAGCAGCGAGCAAAUGAAAUUGAAGAUGAACGAAAAAUUUCGACCGACUUGAAUGAGAAGAUCAGCUUACUAUCUGAUACAAUUGCCGCUAAAGACCAAGAAAUAGAAGCAUUAACCCAAGCUCUUGAUGAAGAAGAGGCUCAGAUGGAGGUUUUAACGCGCAAGUGUGAGGAACAAGAAAAAGCUUUGCAGCAGAAGAAUUUGGAGUUUGAGAAUCUUGAAUCCUCUCGUGGGAAGGUUUUGAAGAAGCUUUCAAUAACCAUGGGCAAGUUUGACGAGCUUCAUCGUUUCUCUGAAGGUCUACUUGCCGAGAUAGAAAAGCUUCAGUCCCAGUUGCAAGAUCGUGAUGGUGAGGUCUCGUUCUUAAGGCAAGAGGUCACUAGAUGUACCAACGACGUUCUUGUUGCAUCUCAUUCAAGCGACAAAAGAAAUGUGGAUGAUGAGAUUCAUCAGUUCUUCCUUUGGCUGGACAAUCUGGUUCCUCAAAGUAGGAAGGAAGAUGUGAAUGUUGGCGACAAUGCUGGGUUUCACGAGUACAAAGAAGCAAUUCAGAAGAAGAUUGCUUCUUUUGUGUCUGAACUGGAGGAUCAACGGGUAGCUGCUCAGACAACGGAUACUUUACUGCGAUUAGAGCGGAAUAAAGUUGAGGAUUUACUGCAGCGGGAAGAAGUUCUGGAAAAAUCAUUACAUGAGAAAGAAUCCCAGUUAAAUAUGCUUGAAGGUGGUGGAGAAGUUAGAGGGUCAACUGCUUCUGCCACUGAGAUUCUUGAAUCUGAACCCUUGAUAAACAAAUGGACGGUGGCCGGGCCAUCUACUACAUCUCAAGUUCGAAGCUUGCGGAAAGCAAACAACGAUCAAGUCGCCAUUGCUAUCGAUAUGGACCAAGGAGGCAGUGGUCGAUUAGAAGAUGAAGAUGACGAUAAAGUUCAUGGUUUCAAGUCGCUUACCACGUCUAGGAUCGUCCCCAGAUUCACAAGGCCCGUCUCUGACGUGAUUGAUGGUCUAUGGGUUUCCUGUGACCGAGCUCUCAUGCGGCAACCUGCCUUCCGGCUUGGGAUCAUGAUGUACUGGGCUGUAAUGCAUCUACUACUCGUAGCUUUCGUUUUCUGAUGAGGGCUCAAAAUCAGGUUAGUGUUUCUUCCGUUCAUUUCCCCUUCAACUAGCUCAGCAACCGUUGUAAGAGCGACGCCACCUUACGUGUUGCAGAAUGCAUGCUGCAGAUUCAAGCUCUGUUGUGAAAAUGGCUUGGAAUAUUUUGGCGUUGUUUCCCCCCUUUCUUUUUUUUGUUGCGGCGGGGAUGAGGUCCGAGCACGCCUUAAUACUUAGAUCAGUAGAAGACAGUAAACUUAGAACACAAAUACUGCUCUCAUUGCCAUUGAUUCAUUCCUCCACGGCACGGCUUCUUUCACCUCGCCGUCGACCGCAAGAUCGGUCAUUUGGAAACAAAUCUCUGUAUCCAAGACCGCUGAUUUUUCGACGAUUUGGAAAUCUGUAGGAAGGGAGAAACUAGAAAUGAAACUACUCUGUUCAACAAGGGGGGAAGUUACUGAAAAAUGAUUGACAGAUUGUUCACUUGUUCUUACUCAAUUUUUCUGUGCAUAUACAAGCUGUAUAUCGACAUUUAUCCUUUGCUUAUAGAGUCAGAACAAAAUGGCAAUUUCUGCAAAAAUCUCUUUAAGCAGAGCUAUUGUAUACUUAUUGGGUCGACCAAAAUGGACAAAUUCAAUUAUUUCUCUUGGAUGGAAACAAUGGUGUGAUUAACUUAACAGAGAAAACAUACAUAGAAAUAAGCAAAAGGCUAGCAAUCCACAUAUGCUGUCGCCUGUCGCAGCCCCACAGAAUGUGUUUCAAGGCCAUUCUUAUUCAUUCGCAAAACAGAGGAUAUAGUAAGUGAGCUAGCUGCCCAGCCAAAGUUAAAUUCCUAUUAGUGAGUUUAACUUUAUUUUAUAUAUUUUAAUUAUUGAUUUAUUUAGCAUAAUAAGAACAUUAAAUAUUAAGAAAAAAGAAAGAUGAGUCCACAAAUAACAAUCUGACACGUGGCUGGUUGGAGCUAAGAAUUUUCCUUACAUGUGUAAUGCAUGUAACUAAAUCUGAACCCUUCAUAGUUCAUUUAGAUACUCCAGAUCUAAGUAUGGAGAAUUAAAUGUUAUUUUUAUUUUUCCUUAUUUUCUUAAUCGGUUUAUAUCCUUCGUUUUAACUCGGAUUUCCAUGUUUUUGCACAAAUGGAACGAGUUCGUUGUGCUCUACAAAACAAGAUCAAUUUUCAAAUUUUUUUGAGGAAAUUUUUUUUCUUGUCUCUCGGUACCAACUGCAUAACAUAUGGUAUCUGCUUCGUUUUUAAUUCAUUUUUGAAAUUUUUUGUAUAGAAGGAACAAGUUCAUCAUGAUCUAUUGGAUCUACAAAUUUCUGGGUGAACAAAAUACAUGACCAAAAAAUACCACACAAUAAGAGCAUACCACCCGGGUACACUCUUAUUUCAAUGCUACUAUACUAGUUAAUACCAUAUGGUAUAGAGUGGUAAAAAAUGGCUCAAUUUUUUUUUUGUUCCAAAAAUAUAUCAAAGUGGAUAUCAUUUUGCAGAGCACAAUUAAUCUGAUCUAACUGUGCAAAAAAGUUUAAAUUUAAAC